CCACCGAAGAAAGGAGGGAAAAAGGGAGAAAAGAAAGACGAGUCCAAAGAAGAGAAACCUCAGGAAGGAGCUUCAACUGACAAAGACAAGAAUGCAAAAGACCCCAAGGCCAAGGAUAAACCCCAGGCCACUCCUGUGUCAAUACCUCGCAACGUUGAUAUCCUUGAUCCCCCAGCAAUAGAUAAUCUAUAUUAUAUUGCCCAUGACGUGGCUUCGGCCAUGGCUUACCGAAAUUACGGCUGGCCUCUUGGCAAGAAAAAGAAGAAGUUUUGA